GUUUCAUGUUGGUGACAAAAAAUAGACAAUAUUAUUAUGUAUCUACUAGUUGCUCCAUGACCAAUUAAUUAUUAAUUAUUAUAUUAUACCUAUUAGUUGCUUUAUGGCUAAAACCAAUACUGAAAAAUAUGCAUCGUUGCAUCGUGGGUGUUCGCCGAACUGAAUACUGUUUGGGUCGUUGCUAAGCAACGAAAACUUGCACAAUACAACACAAAACCCUAUGACAAAAGCGAAUAUAUAAAAUUUAUUACUCGACGACAGAACAAUAACAAUUGUGAACAACAUUUAAAAAAAAAAUGCAAAGAUCAUUUUCAAUUAUAGACGACGACGAUGACGAUGAAGUUUUUCUACCUGAAGAAGAAAACAAGGAACAAACCAAAAAAGCUGCAUCUUACAAAGAUGAUAAUAACGAAUCUGAUCUAUCAUUGUCCGAAGAAAGCAGCAUAAGUCCUAAACGUGCAGAAGAUCUUCAGAAAUUGAAAGAUUUAGAACUGAAUUCCGAAGACGAAAAAAAUAGUGAUGCCUACAUUCCUUCCCCCAAAGAUUCUGAUAAAACCAGCGGUAGUUUGUCCGAUAGACAAAUAUCCCUUCUGAAACGAAGACAACUAAAAAACCAUUUCUUAAGCGAUAGCGACGAUAGUGAUGUUGAGAAUGAACUUAAAAGCCAAAGCAGCGAAAACUCUUACAAACCAAUUGGAGAUGAUUUACGAGGAAGAAGAUUAAAAGCACCACCAGUUCCGCCUUUGUUACUUGCCGACAGUGAUGAAAGUGAAGACCACUUUAAAAGUCCAAAAAUCGAAAAAGAGAUUUUCGAAGAAUUAAGAAAAGAUUCUAUGAACGCCGACGACGUCGUAUCCGGUAGACAAACAGCUGUUUUAAGAAGAAGGACAUUAAACGAACCGAAAAUUGCUCAUUUGCUUAGCGAUAGUGACGAUAGUGAUAAUGAAGACAAAGCAGAACUACCAGUGCCAGGCGAAUAUAAUCCGAAAGAUUACGAAAAUUUGGAAGUCGACGAUGAAACAAAGGAUUUGUUUCAACUUAUAUCAAGGUAUAUUCCUCAACAGCUCAAUAUAACCUACAAAUUCAAACCGUUCACACCAGAAUUUUUACCAGCCGUCGGAGACAUAGACGCUUUCCUCAAAGUCUACCCACCUGAUACUACUAUCCACGAUGAAAAAUGCACAGAAACAUUUGAUCAUUUGGGUCUCACAGUUUUGGACGAACCCGCUAGCCAUCAAAGUGAUCCAGCGGUUCUUUAUUUGCAACUUAGAGCCGCUUCCGGGAAUCCUCGGAAGAAGAUUGAUCAAAAUGUGGUGGUUAAGAAGAUAGAUAAUGUUGAGAAGAAUUUCAAAACGAUUGAAAAGUGGAUCAAAGAUAUUUCUGAUUUGCAUAAGAGUAAGUCGUCCGUCGUGAUGCGCUAUUCAGAGCCAAUGCCAGAUUUAGAUGAUUUAAUGCAAGAAUGGCCCGAAGAAGUAGAAAACGAUCUAAGGCAAAAUGGUUUUCCUAAACCAGAAAAUAUGUCAUUGCAAGAAUAUAUAUCCACCGUCUGCAACUUGUUUCAAAUACCCUUAGCAAAGAAAAAAGUGCAGUCAUUAUAUCUCUUAUUUUGUCUUUAUGGAGCGAUUAAGCAGACGCAACUUUACAAGGCGACAUCUAGCGAGCACGAUAAAAAUAUUGCGACGUCAUCGUCAGCAAAAAAUGAAGCUGAUCAAUUAGUGAUAGAGUGAAAAAUGUAAUAAUUAAAACUUAAAACAAAUAAAUGAACGAAAUUGUUU